ACGACUUCGUGGGCACGUCUUUUCUCUAUGGGCAACGCGAGGGGCGGCACCAUGGACGGACGACGUCCAAGAUGAAGUCUCGAGACGACAUCAACUUGGAUCUCUCGCUCGCCAUGUCUCGUUCCGUUGGGCGCGAACACACCCGUUCCGUCGUCUCCUCCCCCCUUUGUCGACGAACUAAUGGCGUUGGACUCCGCGAAGAGAUCACUGGAGGCGGCGGCCGAAGAGAUCCUCCCGACCCCCGCCCUCGACGCCCUCCCUUCCAAGUUCUACGACGCCUUCAUCCUCCGCGGCCUCCGCGUCGACCUCGUCGAGCCCGGCCACCUUCUAUGCUCCAUGACCGUUCCUCCACGUCUCCUCAACACGGGAAACUUCCUGCACGGCGGCGCCACCGCGUCCCUGGUGGAUCUGGUCGGCUCCGCUGCCUUCUAUACUGCCGGAGCUCGGUCGAGGGGUGUGCCUAUGGAGAUCGGAAUCUCCUACUUGGAUGCCGCCUUUGCCAACGAAGAAAUUGAGAUCGAGGCCAAGAUUUUGCGAGCUGGGAAGGCCAUUGGGGUAGUCAAUGUAGAGCUUCGAAAGAAGAAGACAAGAAAGAUCGUGGCAAAUGCACGUUAUACCAAGUAUCUUGCUCCAUCAAGUAAUUUAUGAGAUUCCAAAGAUUGUGAAUCUUCAAACCUGUGAAGGGUUGACAUUUAAGUCUACCAAGACAGAGGCUAUGAGAUUAUAUAUAUAUAUAUAUAUAUAUAUAUAUAUAUAUUGAUAAUAGUCUUAGUAAGAGAAUUAGAAAGAUCAUUUUUAUUAAAAUGGAUUGAUUUUCAUGAAUAUUAUAUAAAUAAUAGUGGUGUACUAUUAUCCUAUAAGAAAUGUACUUUAAGAAUAUUGUCCAUUCGAUGGCGUUGGUUCCCUAAGCUUAGUACAUACUUGAGUUUCAUAGUUAUUUUUAUUUCCUAUAUGAAUGGUGGAGUACCGUAAAAUAAUACGAAAGAAAAGAAAAGAGAAAGUGACUUGUGAAAUGUGAUAUGAUUCUUGUUAUGGUUAUGUAAUAUGCAUUAAAUAUGUUAUGCUCUU